AUGGGGUAUAUAUUGUGUGAUGUUGGACAACGUUCUCAAAGCCAGCGCUCCGCGCCCUACCCGUGCUCCGCCGGCCUUCCAGCUGCGGCGCCGGGUCUCAGCGGGACACUGGGGAGUUGGCGGGAAGCGCACUGGGCCGGCGCUCCCCGAACCAGGCGCCAGCGGGCUCCCUCAGCAGCGCGGCGCUUCCCGUGGGCGGGAGCUGAGCCCGCCCGGACAGAAGGCGGCUCGGCGGGGCGGGGCGGGGCUGCUGUGCCGGCCACCGCUCGCUCCCGCCCCGCGAGAAGCGCCGUGCAGGCCCGGCCGGAGACACUGGCCCUGCGGAGGCAGCUCAUCGGCUCUUCCUGCAAGCUCUUUUUUCCUGAAGAGCCAGUGAAGAUUGUUAGGGCAAAAGGCCAGUAUAUAUAUGAUGAACAUGGAAGAGAAUACCUUGACUGUAUCAACAAUGUGUCUCAUGUUGGGCACUGCCAUCCUGAUGUAGUAAAAGCAGCACAUGAACAGAAUCAGUUGCUAAAUACAAAUUCUCGCUAUCUCCAUGACAAUUUGGUGGAUUAUGCAAAGAGACUUUCUAAAACACUGCCUGAGAAGCUGUGCACAUUCUAUUUUUUGAAUUCAGGAUCAGAAGCCAAUGAUCUUGCCUUGAGAUUGGCACGACAAUAUACAAAACACAAGGAUGUUAUUGUUCUGGACCAUGCUUACCAUGGACAUCUGACAUCCUUGAUUGACAUAAGUCCAUAUAAAUUCAGAAAUCUAGAAGGACAAAAGGAAUGGGUCCACGUGGCUCCUCUCCCAGACACAUACCGUGGAAUAUACAGAGAAGACUAUAAAGAUUCAGUCCUAGCCUAUGCCAACGAAGUGAAAAAAAUAAUUGAGCAAGCACAAAAAAAGGGCAGAAAGAUUGCUGCAUUUUUCAUUGAAUCUUUGCCAAGUGUUGGUGGUCAGAUCAUUCCACCAGAAGGUUAUUUCCAGAUGAUAGCAGAACACAUACACAAGGCAGGAGGAGUUUUUGUUGCUGAUGAAGUUCAGGUUGGCUUUGGCAGGGUUGGCAAAUGUUUUUGGGCAUUCCAGCUUCAGGGAGAGGAUUUCGUACCUGAUAUUGUCACUAUGGGCAAACCAAUGGGAAAUGGGCACCCCAUCGCCUGUGUAGCAACAACUAAAGAAAUUGCAGAAGCAUUUGCAGACACUGGAGUGGAGUAUUUUAAUACAUUUGGAGGAAAUCCUGUUUCAUGUGCAAUAGGUUUAGCAGUUUUAGAUGUGAUUGAGAAGGAACAUCUUCAAGCACAUGCCACACAAGUAGGCAACUUCUUGAUGGAAUUACUGAAUCAGCAGAAGGUCAAGCAUCCUAUCAUUGGUGAUGUCAGGGGUGUUGGAUUAUUUAUUGGAGUGGAUUUGAUAAAAGAUCAAGAGAAAAGGACCCCAGCUACUAAAGAAGCUGAGUAUUUAAUAACAAGAUUAAAGAGAGAAUAUAUUCUGUUAAGUACAGAUGGUCCAGGAAGAAACGUGCUUAAGUUCAAGCCUCCACUGUGCUUUACUAUGGACAAUGCCAAAUUAGUUGUGGACAAAAUGGAUGAAAUAUUAACAGACAUGGAAAGAGAAAAGACAUGUGAGCCAGUAGGAAACCACCAUUAACUUUAGGCCUCAGCUCUAUCUGGCCAGGUAAGCAUUUUA